UAUCAGGCAGAUAGUCCAUUCGAGUUCUGUGAUUGCUUAGCCGUGGUUGAAUUAUGCUGGUGCCUUGUUUCCCUUGCUUAAGAGCGGGCAAUGAGGACGAGGAUUAUUCCCGACAGCUGGACAAGAAUAUAAAGCAAUGGAUCACACCAUACGAAAAUGCUAUAAAACUGCUAUUGCUCGGCACUGGGGAGAGCGGAAAGACUACCAUUAUCAAACAGAUGAAGAUACUGCACGUGUCAGGAUUCUCAGCUGCUGAACGCACUGAAAAGGCUGUAUACAUCAAACAUAACAUUCACGAGUCCAUAUUCGAUAUUGUCAGCAAUAUGGUACAUUUGGGUAUCGCUUUACAACAGCCUAGAAAUGUGCAAGCGCAGAGCUAUAUACUGCGUUGUGGUCCCGGAGGUCCCCCGGAGUACAAUGAAGAAUAUUUCGAUUAUGUCAGACAACUAUGGCGAGAUGGAGGCGUGAGAGAAUGUUUCAAAAGGUCAAACGAGUACCAACUUAUAGACAGCGCUGAGUACUUUCUAGACAGAGUGGAUCUAGUUGAGAAAUCAGACUACAUACCCUCGGAUGCGGACAUACUCAGGUGUCGGCAGAAGACUACCGGCAUACAGAAGAUCGAGUUCAAAGUCAAGGUACCAAAGUCGAUGCACGGCGGUGUUCAAGACUUUUGGAUGUUCGACGUUGGUGGUCAGAGAGGAGAGAGAAAAAAGUGGAUACAGGUCUUUGAAGGUAUCAACGCGAUUUGGUUCCUGGUAGCCUGCAGCGACUUCGAUCAGAGAUUGAGGGAGGAGAACUCACAGAACAGACUCCAGGAGGCCGUAGAACUAUUCGAAGACGUUUGGCUGAGCAGGUUUCUGCUAGCAGCCGGGCUUAUAGUAUUUUUGAACAAGCAAGAUCUUCUAGAACAGAAGAUAACUCAGGGUCGAAGUAUUGCCCCAUACUUUCCUCAAUAUAAGCAGUACCAAGGAACUGGAGAUGAAUACACCAGGACCAAGAACUUUAUCAAGAGCAUGUUUGUGGACAUAACGACUAAGAACCGAGGUCGCAACAAGCACACAGCCAGUCCGGAACGGUUUGUAGUUCUAGAAGCGACGAGACCUAGGGAAUGUUACUUCCACUUCACGACAGCUACUGAUACUGAUAACGUGCGCACAGUGUUCAGGGACGUGCAUCAGAUAAUACUGACGCAUAUACUUGACAAUAUAGGAGUGUACUGACGGGUUGCAUUUUAUGUAAAUUAUUAUUAUUAAUAAAUAUUGUUUUAUAAAAACAAUUGUGUCUU